UGUGUCGCUAAGCCGGACACACGCACGCUCUUCUCCGCCCAGAGGUCCAGGAGCGCAGCUCGGGCUCGGCUGAAUCUCCCACCAAGCGCCUGCUGCUGUUGGCUCCAGCCUCUCUCGCUUUGCGCGCCGGGCGGCUCUGUUCCUUGCGCCGCGCCCCAGAUGGCUUCCGUAACAGAUGCCAGAUAUGGACACAAGGAUGCUUCCGACCAGAACUUUGAUUAUAUGUUCAAACUCCUGAUCAUUGGCAACAGCAGCGUGGGCAAGACUUCCUUCCUCUUCAGAUAUGCCGAUGACACUUUCACACCAGCCUUUGUCAGUACUGUGGGGAUUGACUUCAAAGUGAAAACUGUCUACAGGAAUGACAAGAGGGUAAAACUGCAGAUUUGGGAUACUGCUGGACAAGAAAGGUACAGGACAAUUACCACUGCCUAUUAUCGAGGAGCAAUGGGAUUUAUCCUUAUGUACGAUAUUACUUGUGAAGAAUCCUUCACUGCUAUUCAGGACUGGGCUACUCAAAUAAAGACCUACUCCUGGGAUAAUGCCCAAGUCAUUCUGGUUGGAAACAAAUGUGACAUGGAGGAUGAGAGAAUCGUUCCUUUUGAAAAGGGAAAACAUCUGGCUGAUCAGUUGGGGUUCGAUUAUUUUGAAGCUAGCGCCAAGGAGAAUGUCAACGUAAGGCAGGUCUUUGAGCGCCUGGUGGACAUCAUCUGUGAAAAGAUGUCGGAGAGCAUGGAUUCGGAAUCUUCUAGGACAACUACUGCCGGGAAGAACGUGCGCCUCACAUAUAGCCCCCCUCCAUUGCAGCAGAAUUGCUCCUGUUAAUGCCUCAAAAUCUCUAAGAAAGUUAUUUUUGCAGGAUAGUGGGCAGGGACAGUACAUCUUUUAACAGAGAUGUUUCAGUGCUGGUGGAGCUGGAUAUGUUUGUUUGAUGUUUUGCAAAGUCUCUUUAUAUAUUUUAUAUUAAAAAAACAGUGCAAGCGCAGCUAGUGUUCCAGUGAAAAGUUAUGCUACGGUUUAAGUAGUUUAUAUAGUCUAUCACAUAUUUCUGUGUGGUUCUUAAUGUUACCAUUGUUUUGCCACCAGUCAGGUAAUCCUGACCCAAACACACUUUAUUAGCAUCUGCUAGCUAGAGGCCACUGUUAACUAUGGCACAAAAAUUUAAUUAAAAAAAGAAAGGAAAGCAGUUUAAACUAUUUCACAGAAAGAUCUUCGGAAGGGAGAGGCAAUACUGUUCUUUGUGUAAUUAACUGGUAUCUUUGCUUAAUAAGAAUUGCACAGGAAAAGCUGUAGCUCAGUGGUAGAGCAUGCAGAAGGUUCUAGACUCAGUCAUUUAAACCAGUCAUUUUCAUUGAGGCAAAAACCAUCAAGCUCAGUCACACCAUACCACCGCAGCCACACCAUUCACACGAGCAUGUGUCAGAAGGAAAGGGUGGUACUUUAGAGAGGCAUAUUGGCAGAAUGACUGUGAAACAGCAAAUUGCAACAAGCACUAGGAACAAGUUGUUAGGGGCAUUUUUCCUACAAAGCAGCACUUGAAUAGCCUUGGUAUGUGCAUGGAAUUCUGGACAGGGUUUCAAUUAGACUGCAAGUAUGACAGUGAUAGAAAUCCAAGGCCAUUCAAUGAGUUUACGGCUUAAUUGCUCUACAGAUUAAUAUUCAGACUGUUUAACUUUUUUUGCACUUGUGGAAGUACAUAAGUUCCCAAGAAAAGAAAAGACAGACAUAUGUAACUGGGAAAAGGUUGAAAUAAAGAAUUCUGUGGCACUUUAAGGACUAACAAAUUUUGUAUAGCAAUUAGCUUUUGUGAACUAAAUUUCACAUAAUCAGAAUAUAUCAUUUAGGACCAUUCCUAUACUAUUUAAUAUUUUAAAAAUCAUAAGCGGCGUGUAUUAAAUGUGCACAUAAAAACUACUGAAAAUGACAAAGGCUACUAAAAAUGACACACUUUUAACUUUUCCUGCCAAUAUCCUCUACCCUCACUGAGGUCAACUAAGCUCAGGAAGUAAUUCUUUGUAAUUUGCAGGAUCAGGCAUUUGAAAGUUGCCCCUGACAAUCUUGCAGCUACCUUAAGACUGCAAUCCCACAUAACUCAAUGGGACACACUUCUGAGUAGACCUAUAAGAUUGCACUGUUAAUAUUCACACACAAACGUCACUUUGUCAUAGUAGGAAUAUGAACUGUGAUAGUAAGUCAAAAUAUGUUUAGUGGAGUUUGAAUUUGUAUUAAUUAUAAUGAGAAAGUUCUAUUUUCUUGCACAUUUGUGAUUUGGUGUUUAGCAGGCACUUUCUGUGUAGUGUUUGAAUGUACAUGUUCCUAAUUAUGAAAUCAUGACAAAAUAAAGCU